AUGGAGCGCCGGACCUGGGGCGAGGUCCCGGAGAAGCGGCGUCUCUCUAGAGGUCUGGGCGGCGGAGGUCGCCUGUCUUCCCUCCCUGGACUCCCCUGCCGGCCGCCGCAGCCACCGCCGGCCGGAAGGCGAGGCGAGAGAGCGACGCCGGCGCCUGGAUCUCCCGCGAGUUGCGGAACAUCGCCGCCUCCCCGCCCCUUCCUCGGGCCGGUGCCCCAAGGAGGCUCCGCCGCCUCCCUCAACGCUCGCUGCCGCCUCGUCCCCGCCGCCAGCUUACUGGACAUGGCGGGUCCGAGAUGGAAAAAGGGCAAGGACGGCAAGGAUUUCUCAGCUCUAGCAGCAGCUAGCCCCAUGUCAAGCAUUGUUGCCGAGCUGCAGUCUUCGCUGAAACGCUCUACGCUCUUGGCCACCUUAUCUAGCCGUGGCGGGGACGCGGUUCUUGCAGUGAACCCACAGCAAGCUACGCUUCUGAACCGUGCCGCCUUUGGCCGGUCUUUGGAAAAUGCUGGAGCAGAGGAACACUGGUUCCAGCUGGGCGCCGAGGAGGUCUUCUAUCUUUGCCAUGCUUUGAAGUGCGUCUCAGUCAGCAAGUCAGAGGGCGAGAUGGGGUUGAGCGAAGGGGAGCUGUGGCAUCACCUGUGCUCCGCGUCGGAGUCGUUUCCAGAGAUGUACAAGGCGUACGCGCAUCUCAGAUCGAAGAACUGGGUGGUGCGGUCAGGUCUGCAGUACGGUACGGAUUUUGUGGCUUACCGUCAUCACCCAGCGCUCGUCCACUCAGAGUUUGCUGUUGUUGUUGUUCUGGAAGGAGUGGAGUUCGGCGGUAGGUGUGGCCGACUGAAGGUGUGGUCUGAUCUACUGUGUGCGCUCCGAGCCUCUGGCAGCGUGGCCAAGACACUGCUGGUUCUGACCGUCUCCAGCAGUACCUGUGAACUGAGAUCACCAGAUUGUUUGGAACUACUGGUCGUUCAUGAGAGGACAAUUACAAGGUGGAUAGCCCAGCAGUGCCGUGAGCAGCGAUUUAAACCAAGCAGAGAAGAAGCAAAUAAGGAAGACCAAGGUCACACAAGAGAAACUGUAGUUUUAAACUAUUGGGGUGUAAUACUAGGCUUCACAGUUCUUUCCAGCUUACUUGUAUACAAGCUGAGAUUUUGACAAUAAAGCUUAAUAUUUCUGUAUGCUUCUGUUGGUGAGGUGUAGCUUUUCAUCUUUAUGCAAUCUUGUGCCGUUACCCUUGUGA